GGCCGCUGGCGCGAUACACGUGAUCGGCGGCCUCGGCACCAACGGGCUCGCCGUGACGGUGGUCGACCGGCUGGACCCUAUCUCAGGCCAGUGGCAGGAGCCCCUGCAGCUCCCCGCGCCGCGCGCGGGCUGCGCGGUGGGCGCCGCGGGAGACCUGCUGUACGUGGCCGCCGGCUUUGGCGACGACAGGCUUCGGGUGGCGCAGCUGGCGGACCUGGACCUCGGCACCGGCACCUGGUUCCAGAUGCCGGCGCUGCCCUUCUCUCGGAGGCUCUGCUCCGGCGCCGUGGUGUGGCGCUGAGGCCCUGGCCGGCCUCGACGGCCGCCGGGCGCCGCGGGGCGUGCUCUCCGACGCGGCGGCGCGCAGGUGCCGCCCCUCUCUGCAAGUUCGAUCCACGCUUCCGCGCAUGCUGGCGCGCGCAGCGCGUGCACCAGACGGGUCGCCAGAGCGGCGUGAAGUGCAUCUGUGACGGCCACCCAGUCGACCCGGCGGCCCCCCGGAGCACCGCGCGGAGCUCGCCCGUCGGGGUGAUCUGUACACUGCUGCCCCCCCCAGCCACGCGGUGCGGAAGACAUUCCGCAGCAGCAGCAGGAGCGCCAUCUCUCCCCCCGGGGAGGCCAGGCGCCGUAGGCCGGGGGCGGCGUCGGAGCGCGCACUGGCACGUCGCGGAGCGGACAAGAUC